CCUCAUACUUAUCUACGACGAUAAGAUAACUUUUGUGAUGUUAUAUGAAGUACUCUUCUUGGUUUCAUUUCAUAAUAUAAGAGUACUGUUACUGCCUCUAUUAUUCUGGGAUUUGCUCUGACGAUUUUAUCUUUCUGUCUUAAUGGGGAAUGGGAACUUAAACCAAUGUACUACGUCCUACGCUGUGUAUUUGUAACUGGCUGAUACUCUCUUUCUCUUCUUGUUUACUUAUUUCAGGUUGAGUCUCAAUUUCCUCUUUGACUAUUGAAGAAGAAAAGCACAGGACUUUGUGAAGGGCAAAAUACGAAAUCAUGCGAUAUUCAAAAUAUGAAUUGAAAUUCCUCGUUGUUGUAUGGUUAUCUCUAUUGCCAGUUUUGAUGUUUUGUAUAAGAGAUUACUUCAGAAAGAAGACAUUCUCGAAAACGGAAUUAUGCCGUGAAGGUCUGGUCGAUAACAUAGCAGUUACUAGUGAAGGAGUGGAUUGGAUCACAGAUGAGAUUUCUCAUCCUAGAUUAUUUGACCUCAGUGAAAGUGUCUUAAUCAAGGAGGAUCAGAUAAAAAAUGUAGAUCGGAUCGGUAUUUCUCAUGAGACACUUAGGCGUCGUGCUUUGAAUUACGUUCAUGAAGCACGAUACACUUUGAACAAUUUACGCAACAUUUUUACCCAAUUAAAAAAAGUUAAUCAAAAGGAAUUGGACACUGAAACAACUUCAUCGAUACAAACAUCAUUAAUUCACUAUCAACAGGAUAUGGAGGAAACUAUUUCACACUUGCAAACUAUACUUAACAAACUAGGUGAAUUAGAUGAAUUUUCACAAAUCAGAGCGAAUGGCUUAAAUAAGCUUUCACAGCGAUUACAGGAGAAAAUUCAAAAACAACAGAAUCCGUCAGAUUGUAAAAAGGCCAAAUAUGUAACAUUAGACUUCACUAAUAUAUGUGGAUUGGGUUGUCGCAUUCAUCAACUCAUGUACUGCUUACAAUUGGCUCUUGAAAAUGAGCGUGUUUUUGUAUUAAAGAAACAUCAUUCUGGAGACCCAUUUCGAGAAUGGCUUCAUCAGAGCAUGUUACCACUUUCUGACAAAUGCAGUUAUUUGGACUCAGAUAAUAGAUCAGAUAACAUCGAAUGUCCUUAUAUUCAAAAUGCUUUCACCAAUCAUAAAUGGUUGCCAGAUGUUCUCCCGAAUGAUAUGAGUGAAGAAUUAUUGCGUUUACAUGAGGCACCCUUUGUUUGGUUUGGUGGUCAACUAGCAGCCUACAUUAUGCGUCUAAAGCCACAACUUGCACAAUUAAUCAAUGUAACCUUGAAGAGCUUUGAAAUCAUUGGUGAUCCUGUUGUUGGGGUGCAUAUCAGGCGUACCGAUAAGUUAGUAUUGGAGGCUAAGUUUCAUGACUUAUCCGAGUACAUGGAACACGUGGAUAAUUUCUUUGAUUUACAAAGUGUUAAUCUCUUGACUAUGUCAAAGAGACAUGACAUGAAUGUGGAGACAUUUGGAUCAGUUUCUAAAAGAAUCAUUGGAAGAGAAAAUCCUGUUCAGGCUAAGCAAAGUAUUUACUUGUCGACAGAUGAUCCGAAUGUUUCUACUCAACUGACCUACAGUUAUCCAAACUACACUGUUUAUGGUAGUCAAAGUAGAUCGCAGUCAGCUAAUAUGAGUACGCGGAUGUCAGUUAGUUCAUUGAAUAAUGCAAUCAUUGACAUCAUUGCACUUUCAAUGACGGAUUUCCUUGUGUGUACAUUUUCAUCGAAUAUCUGUCGUUUAGCCUAUGAGUUAAUGCAAACACGUCAUGUGGAUUUGGGUGAUGCAACACAAUUAAUUCAUUCAAUCGAUAUGUUAUUCCAUGAAGAGGAUUACAGAAGAAUGAAAUUUGAUGUGAUCAUUCCAGAUAUGAAGGUAAAGUUGAAGUAUGGUGAUGUAGUGGAAAUUUCCCAAACUUACUGGAACGGUUCAGCGUUAGUCAAAAUAGAGCAAAACAAAUUCGUUGCACCUGCUUACAAGUUUAGACCGAAAAUAAACAUGACUGGAUUCAACUAACGAAGUGAGAUUGUUUCAACAGACUACAUGUCAACUUUGAUUCAGUUUUACACUGCCAUUUUUAUUCAGCUUAGGUUUUGGUGUCUAACAUUAUCCUGCUCAAUAUUUUAUGCACAGCUAAUAACUUAUAUUCACAUUCUUAUAAAUCUGUCGACUUUCACUGAUGUAUUUUUUAGUUAAUUCUUUACUGAAAUUGUACGGUACUACCGAAUAGACGUGACUCAUGAAACAACAUUGACAAAUUAAAGUCGGUUAUUGACAAAACGAAAA